UAUCAUAGAGGUUGUGUUUAAUAUUGUCCAAGCAGUUGCAAAAAAAAAAAAAAAAAAAAUUUAUUAACUUUUCUUUUAUUUUUUGAAAAAUUAUCAAUUUUUUUUUCUUCCUUAUAAAUAUGAGAAAAUUUCUUUUAAUUUGUGUCCUCUUUACUUUUCUUAUUGGCAAUGCACAAAGUGAACUUCAAUUAAAAAUGCUGCACGUGCUUUUUCGUCAUGGUGACAAAAUUCCCGAUAAAUUAUUUCAAAAUUAUCCCAAUGACCCACAUGGUAAUCAUUCAUUUCUACCAAUUGAAAGUGGUGGUUUAACAACAUUGGGAAUGAUGAGAGAAUUUAAAAUUGGAUUAUUACUUCGCGAAAAAUAUAAUGAUUAUUUUGGAUCACAAUAUUGGCCGUCAUUAAUUUAUGCACAAUCAACAGAUGUAGCGCGAACAAAAAUGUCCCUUCAAUUAGUUCUUUCUGGAUUAUUUCCACCAUCAAGAAAACAAGAAUGGAAUAAAAAUUUACCCUGGAUUCCAGUUGAUUUAGAAUAUUUCCCAGUUGAUAAGGAUUAUCUUUUGUUUCCUACUUCAUGUCCACAAUAUAAAAAAGUGUAUAAAAAAUUCCUCAGUCAAACGGAAACGAAGAAUGUCCUGAACACGUAUAAGGAAGUUUUUGACUACUUAACAGAAAAAACAGGAAAAACAGUUCAAACCACAAGCGCUGUCUAUUAUUUGUAUAAUUUACUCAAAGAAGAGGCAGCACAAAAUUUAUCUCUACCAAUAUGGACGAAAAAUGUCUAUCCAAUUCCUAUGAAGAAUAUCACGGCUUUGGAUUUUAAUCUCAGAUCAAAUACAACGAUAUUAAAGCGAUUAAAUGGGGGUACACUUUUACGAAAAAUAACGGACGACAUAAAGGAAGUGCGAAGAGGAACAUUAAAGCCUCCUGACCGUAAAGCCUUUUUCUUUUCAGCUCAUGAAUUAAAUGUUGUUUCAUUUGCUCGAGUAUUAGGAUUAAAUACACCUGUACUACCAAAUUAUGGAUCGACUUUUAUAAUAGAGACUCUUGAAAAUGAAAAUAAUGACUAUUUCAUUAGGAUAUUUUUAUGGACUGGAGUUACUGAAAUGUAUUUAUCACAAACAAUUCCCGGUUGCGAGGAAAUUUGUCCCUUGGAUGAAUUUCUGAAACUGCUUCACAAUGUUAUUCCUAGUGACAAGGAGUAUUACUGUUACGGCACUAAUUCCCUAAAUUCGGCUUCAGCUUUACUAGAAAAUUCAAAAUUAUAUUCCCUGCUUUUAUUUACUUUUACAUAUCUAUUUUCAAUUUCUUUAAAAUGAAAAUAAAUUAAUUUAAAUUCCUUUA